AUGCUCAAUUCUUCCAACGUCAACGCGACCAAUAUCUAUGAACCACCGGCCGAAGAUCCCCGAAUAGGUUUAAUUGUGAUGUUGGUCAUACUUUCACUAACUCUGUUUUUCAUGUGCCUGCUACUUCUGCUGCCCAAGUCCGCUCAGGAUGCGGUGUUCCGUUUCAUAUCACGUCAAAGCCCUGACCAAUCAUUCAACUAUAUCGACGUUGGACUUUAUAAAACACGACAUUCAAUGUAUCGCAAGGAGGUCUAUUCUAUGGCCAUGCAAGGUGGACGUUUGCAAGACAAGCGCAAAUCGACGUUGCCACCAGUCCCGUACCGAAUGAAACAACAUUUCCAAAUUGGGCAACCUACGGCUUGUGAAAGAAUUUCCACAGAAGAGGACAAUAAAUGUUUUACACCGGAAAUUUCCAAGCACAAUGUUGAUCCAGCAUUCGAGCGUCCAAAAGUUUUUGUAACAUACAUGUCCACCCCUGUACAUCAGUCUACUCCCAACCGGAAUGUCGCGCUUCCCCCAAAGCGACGUCCCUCCAGUGCGUCAUUAGAUAACAUUCUCGGGACCAGUCGGUCAGACAUGUGCUUUCGUAAUUCUGCUGUUGAAAAACGAACUAUAAACUGUUCUCUCCCACAGCUUUCCUACCCGUCGCCAACAAAUCCAAAUCAUCAGACAUGGUUGAUUGUUGGGGACCACAAUACAGCCACCAAACAAUUCUUCAUUCAGGAACAGAGACUCCAAGCUUCAUAG